CCUUGGGUAUUUAUAGAUCGAAAUCAUGGCUCGCAAGAUCAAGUCCGAGAACCUCGAUGAAUGGGAUGGUUCGUAUAGAAGCAGAGCAUCUUCACCAACGACACCCAAAAGAACGACACGUAGCUCUUCCAAGCGCCCUUCGGAGGUAGCGAAACUGUCAGAGAGGUCCCCGGUUCAUACAAAAAGCACAAAAAGGCAGUGAAGCCAGCCCCUGUCCAGGAUGAGGAAGACGAGUCAGAUGAUCACGGAGACACGGCUGGAGAGCACACCGAAGGGGCAGAAGAUUGAUGAUGAAACACUGGUUGAAAAGCAACUGGUGUUCGUUCAUAAAGAACAGCAACACAAGGCUGACAUGCUCAAAAAUGAGCAGCUCACGAAGAAGCAAGAGGACAACCGCCGACGGGAGCGAGAACGUCAAGUGCGCAUGAAGGAGCACCGCGAAGGAGUGCGCUGUCAGGAGCAGCAGCGUCAGGAGCAAGAGCGUCAGGAGCAAGAGCGCCCGUCAAGAGCAGGAGCGUCAGAAACAGGCUCAUCCGGAGAAGGAGCGUCAGAAGCAAGAGCGCCAGGAGCAGAAGCGCAAGAAAGCGUUGUUCCGGAGCAGGAAAGCAUUGCUAUGAUGCAUAGAGUGAAGCAGCAAAUGGACCAAGAGCGCCAGGAGAAGGAGCGUAAAGAAGCCAGAGAGGAAUGCGAUCGCCAACUCGCUGAAGAGCAGAAGGCUCAAGAAGAAGAAGCUGUUGCUGCCAAGAGGCUGAGACAAGAGGAGGAGGAGAGUGAUGACGACGACGAGGAUGAUGAUGAUGAUGAUGAGAGCGAAGAAGAGGAACCGAAAACGUCCGAGGAAGACAGCGAAGACGAUGAAGACGAAUACGAAGACGAAGACAGCGAGGAAGAAGGCCAAAAACAGAACGUAGAAGAUGCCAAAGCCGAGGAGAACAGCGAGGAACACAGCGAGGAAGACAGUGAUGAUGAUGGAGACGGUGACUAUGACGACGGUAUGGCCGCAGUAGGGUCGCCGUCGCCAAGGAAAUUGUGGUCGCACUACUCGGUGUUCCACCCACUCGCUUCGCUCGUAGGUGGCGACAGCAAGUUGUGCGUGCGACAGCAAGAUGUGCGUACACCGCUAUUUUGA